UAGUUAUCUUGUUUCUGAGAACUAGUAACUAUAAAAUAGUUAAAUUUGCCCCACCGGGUACUUUUAGCUAGCUGAAUGUGUUGCCCUGCGUCCUCUUGCUGUGUUCAUAUUUCCAGCUAAGGAGAUGGAUGGUUAUCCCGGAGUCAUUGGCGGUGAUUCUACAAAACAACAAGAAAGACAUUACUAUUUGUUAUCCGAACUGCAAACCUUAGUAAAAGAUUUACCAAGCUCCUUCCAGCAGCGCCUGUCAUACAACACGCUGAGUGACCUGGCUCUAGCACUGAUAGAUGGGACGGUCUAUGAGAUUGUGCAGGGGCUCCUGGAUAUUCAGCAUCUGACAGAGAAAAAUCUGUACAACCAGAGGCAAAAGCUGCACGGUGAACACCAAGCUCUUAAACAAGAUAUUGUACGGAAGCACAAAGACGCGCUGCAGUCAUGCAAGUCUCACAACCUUGCCCUUCUCAAAUCAAACCAACAAGCGGAACUGGAGGCUCUGGAAAUUCGUGUGCGAGAGGAGCAAAGAAUGAUGGAUAAGAAGAUUGUAGCGGAAAUGGAUCAAAAAGUGAUAGACCAGCAAAACACCCUGGAGAAGGCAGGAGUCCCUGGGUUUUAUAUCACUACUAAUCCUCAGGAGCUGACAAUGCAGAUGAACCUACUUGAAUUGAUCCUCAAGCUUCAACAGAAGGAGUCCCAAUCUGGAAUCCUUUGAGAAAGAGGCUGACUUGUGCCAACUGAGGAAAAAAAAAAUCAUGCAAUGGCCACAGACUGCGUAUGCUCGCAUUCCAGUAAUCUGUGAGAUUCAACAUGUGCCGGUCAGCGUGUGGCAUUGUUCUCUUUAACAACAUGCUCAGGAAAUGUUUAUCACUUAUUGUUGUUAAUGAAAUAUUCACCAUCAAAACCUGCAGGAGAACGCUGGUUCUCGAGUGUACAAGUAAGCCGUUUCCAGUCCUGGAAGAGAGCAGUAGCUGGUUGCGUGGCAAAUCCUUUAAAGAUACAUUAUAUGCAUAUUUAAGCAGUAGUAGAGUAUUUAGAGUGCAGGCUCUGCCAGAAAUGAAACUGUAAAAAGUCAAUAUGUUGCUUAAAGUCACAGAGAUGGCUGUAACUGGGAUUAAUGUUGUGACCUUCCUGCAGUGAGAUGGUCUCUCCAUAAGGGCCUCCUGAUGCCUUUGGAGAAAUCGACACCAUUUUAGGGGAAAAGGAAUAUUUUAUUGCUGUGUGUGUGUGUGUGUGUGUGUGUGUGUGUGUGUGUACAGAGACCCAACUCUGAGCAGCAAUAAUGUACUGACAUCAAAAUUAAAGCUAAAAUCUGUAACUUUCCAUAUAUUCCUUCUGCAAUGGUGAAAGUUGUUUUUAAAGGUUGUGCGGAAACCUGCUCUUUAUUUAAAUCAGCCUAUGGGCACUUGAAAAAUGGACCAGCUGCAACUGGCCUCAGGAUGUUGAUUUAAAAUAAGUAAAAUCAAAACAAGGUGUGAGGUGUGUCAGUUCAGUUCAGGCUCUGUUUGGAACUCACUGUUUAUUUAUUGGGAACAGUAUUGUGAUACAUUUCCUACACUUUUUUUGUCAUAGUUUUGCUACUAUGCUACUACUACUACUUUUGUGUAUAAUGUUUUUUUAUCUGUUCAGUUUGUUUUAGUUUUGUUGGUAUUCGGUGUGAAGAUUAAGUGUUGAGCCAACCCCUUCACAUUUACGUUGAUAUUUUUAAACUGUCAGUGUUGGUUAGUGUUUACUGUCCCACAUAAAUAAACAAAUAAGCAACAAUGAA